CUCAUAAAACCCUCGUUGUAAUAAUGGCCAGUGAUGGCGGUGGCUCUGCGCAUGAUCUGGUGGUCACCACCUGGGUAAUGUACAGCAUCGCAAUGCUGUUGUUUGUCGUGCGAUUAUAUGGGCGAUGGCUCAGAAUGCGCUGGGUGUUUCAGGUCGAGGAUUACCUGAUGAUUGCGGCGGUGGCUUUCUAUACAGCAUUUGCCGUCACCAACAUCAAGAUUGCGGAGGGAGGAGGAAGCAAUCUAUACAAGCCUGGAGAAUAUGAAACAUUCACCGCCGCCGAGAUCGCGGCGAGGGUCAAAGGAUCCAAGAUCGAGUUUGCUUCGGAAAAUUGCCAGCUCUGCACGAUUUACUUACUGAAGGCUUGUAUGCUGAUGGUCUACUUCCGACUGACAAAAAAUCUAUGGCAAAAUCGUGUGGUGACGAUUUGUGCUAUAUAUACGCUGUGCGGAUGGAUCAGUUCAGAGCUGGUACUAUUCCUCGAGUGCAGGCCCUACUUGUCCGGCUACUGGACCCUUCCUCCCCCGAACGAAAUCUGCUCGACUUAUCGUAUCUACGAGGCUGUGCAAGCGGCUAUGAACAUUAGUUCUGAUGUUGCAAUUCUCUGUGUCAUGCUCCCGAUGUUUGCCCGCGCGCAGAUGGCGUGGAAGACCAAGCUGCCGGUCAUCGUUGUCUUCUCAAUGGGCAUCGUUGUGCUUGCUUGUGCUAUCACUUCGAAAUAUUUCACCUUUCGGGAUAUUUACGACACCAGCUAUCAGUUCUGGUACCUGCGAGAGGCCUCCAUCGGCAUGUACGUCACGAACCUGCCUUUUGUGUGGUCUCUGGCGCGAUCCACAAUCUCCUUCCUCAAAUCGAGCAAUUAUGUCGACCAAGGCAAUUACAACGACCCGAGAUAUGGGACAAAUGCUCACACCAACGAAACCCGCUCCAGGCCGGGCAACGGCACGCGUUCCACUCGACAUUUUCCGAGCAUUUACGAGUCCCGUGCGGUCCGCACGGAGAUACUAUCACCGUCGGAGAGCGAGGAGAACAUUAUUGAGAUGGGUGGGAUGGGCAGAAGCGUGAUCAAAUCGGCGGGGUCAUCGCAGGAGAGUGGAGAUCGUGGAUGGUCCCAGUCGGACGGCCAUGAUGACCAGUUCAUUCGGAAAACUACGGAGAUAGUCAUUCAGAAAGGUUGAUCAGCUGGCUAUGCUGGAGAGCAUGCUUAGGAUGUACCGAGCGAGGCAAGCGAAUGCGUGGGGGAAACAGCUCGGCAAUGAUCGGGGCAACCGUGGCAUGGGUAUCCAGCACAAUGUCGAGACUCUCGCACAGCUAACGGGGUCUCAUUCAGCUGCCCAUCUCCGCUACAAUUCCCACCUUGACCGGUAGAACAGACUAUCGCUUCGGCCAAAUCCACACAGUGUUAAUCUAUUUCUCCGAUCAUCCAUGCUGCCUCGUCCCACGCCCAG